CGCGCGGCGCUCAGCUGAGCCGCGGUCACGUGACGGCGCGGCCGAGCGAGCGGGCCCGGCCGGGCCGGGCGGAACGGGCGGCGGAGAGGGACCAUGUCCACCCGGCGCCUCCGCAGCGAGGACUACAAUGACUACAGCUCCACAGAUGUCACACCGGAGGGCAGCCCUCCUGAUGGCAUGAAUGGCUUUGCCCACCCCGAGUCCUACCAGCGCUUUGGGGAGACCAACGGGACAACGUGGUACCAGACCCUGAUCCAUCUGCUGAAGGGGAAUAUUGGGACGGGGCUGCUGGGGCUGCCUCUGGCUGUGAAGAAUGCUGGCAUCCUGCUGGGUCCUCUGAGCCUGCUGGUGAUGGGAGUUGUGGCUGUGCACUGCAUGGGCAUCCUGGUCAAAUGUGCCCAUCAUUUCUGCAACAGGUUCCAGAAGCAGUUCCUGGACUAUGGAGGUGCUGUGAUGUACGGGCUGGAGGCAACUCCCAGUGCCUGCCUGAGGACACAUGCCAUCUGGGGAAGGCGUGUAGUGGGACUUUUCCUGAUCAUCACUCAGCUGGGUUUCUGCUGUGUGUACUUUGUAUUUCUGGCAGACAAUCUGAAACAGGUUGUGUCUGCUGCAAACGGGACCACCAAUGACUGCAGCUCAAACAGGACGGUGGUGAUGACCCCCACCAUGGACUCCCGCCUGUACAUGCUUUCCAUCCUGCCUUUUGUGGUGCUGCUCACGUUUAUCCAGAACCUCAAGGUCCUGUCCAUCUUCUCCAUGCUGGCCAAUGUGGCCAUGCUUGUCAGUCUUGUAGUGAUCUACCAGUACAUCGUCAGGGAUAUUCCUGAUCCCAGAAACCUGCCUCUAGCAGCAGCCUGGAAGACCUACCCUCUGUUCUUUGGCACUGCAAUCUUUGCUUUUGAAGGCAUUGGCGUGGUGCUGCCUCUGGAAAACAAGAUGAAGAACCCCCGUCAGUUCCCAGUCAUCCUCUACGUGGGGAUGACCAUUGUCACCAUCCUGUACAUCAGCCUGAGUGUCCUGGGCUACCUGCGCUUUGGGACAGACAUCCAGGCCAGCAUCACACUCAACCUGCCCAACUGCUGGCUGUACCAAGCUGUCAAGCUGCUCUUCUCCUUCGGGAUUUUCUUCACCUACGCCGUGCAGUUCUACGUGCCUGCCGAGAUCAUCAUCCCUCCCCUGGUGGCCCGGGUGUCGGAGCGCUGGGGCUGGCUGGUCAACCUGCUCCUCAGGGUGGCCCUGGUCUGUGUGACCUGCGUGCUGGCCAUCCUCAUCCCGCGCCUGGACCUCGUCAUCUCCCUGGUGGGCUCCAUCAGCAGCAGCGCCCUGGCUCUCAUCUUCCCCCCGCUGCUGGAGAUCGCCACCUACUACUCCGAGGGCAUGCACCCCCUCGUCAUUGCCAAGGACAUCACCAUCAGCCUCUUCGGCUUCGUGGGCUUCGUGGUGGGCACCUACGAGGCGCUGGUGGAGCUGGUGGCACCCGCGGCCACCGUGGUGAACGCCACCACUGUCCUGGUGCAGUGACCACCCCUUCACCCCGCUGUCCCCUCUGGGUGCUGAGCUGGGGGUGCAUGGACACGGGCACUGCUCUCCUGGGAACGGCCUCCCCUCUGCUCUUGGGGAGCCUGGAGGGUUUGGUCUGUGAGGGGACGGGGCCGCCCAGCACUGCGUCCACCAGCUGCCGCAGGUCCUGCCCUGGGCUCCGUCUGGAAGGUGGGAUCCAGGCUGGGGCAGUGCCUUCCCUGGUACAGCAAAACAGUUCCUCUGUAAAUAGGCACUUUGGGAGGUGAGGAAUCCCAGGGAUGUAGAUUUUAUUUUAUUUUAUUUUAUUUUAUUUUAUUAUUUUUAAAAAUCCCAACCUUUCCAUAUUUCCCCUGUCCCUUCAGUCAGGGCGGGGAACAGGGACUACUAUUCUUUUUUGUGCCAGUUUGACUUUUUUUUUUUUUUUUCCCCUGAGCACUUUAUUUUUACAGCAACAGACAAACCUCAGCUCAGGUUAGAGAGUGUGGAGCUCCCUCCUCGCCUUGGCCUUGUGGGGAGGGUGGGCAGAGCCUGAGGUGUGGAGCGUGCUGGGCCCCAUAGCUCUCUCAGUGGGGUCCCCAUCUGUGGGCACUGGCUCCUGCAGUGCUUCAGCUCUGUUUCCAGCUGCCUUGAGCAGGAAGUCUGAGCAGGCCCUGGAGCUGGGCACUGGGCAUGGCACCUCCCUGGCCUGGGAGCGUUUGUGACCCUGGCCCACACUUUCAGUAGUGACACUUCUUUAUCCCCAUCCAGCGCACAACCCAAUGCUUGGCUUUCAGAAGCUUUACAGAACCGAGGUGUGUGGGGAACAAACAGGCUCUGCCAUAACAAGGGGCUGAGCUGGUCCCCUUUGGGUGGCGUGGGGUGUCCCCAGGGGUCACCACGUGCUGCCCACACACCACAAGAAUACAUCAUCUUGUUUACAGUGCCUGAGCUGGCCCUGGCACGCUCCGCCUGCAUCUGCAGGCUGAUAGUGAAUGUCAAAUCGCACACAAAAACUCCAUAAUAUUUCUGGUUUUAACCCCUCCUCUCCUUGUUUUACUCCCUCUGCAUCCUCUGCUUUUGCCCAGCUCCUCUCCUCCUGUAGGAUGCAGCUCCCUGGCACUCCUCCCUGUGCUCCUGUUGCUUCUUUUGUUGUGGCUGGUGCAUGUUGUGCCUGGUGGGGAUGGUCCUGUGGUGCUGCUGCUUUCCUUUCUCUGAGAGCCCAGCUUCCUCCCUAGAGAUUUUCCUUGCCUUUCUGCUGGAUUCUACUUUUUUAAUACAAGGGAGCAAAUGCAUCCUCCACAGGACAGGUUGAACUCUUGCCUGCUAACACAGCAUCUCCCAAAUGCCAGGUCUCUCUAGAGAGCCUUCAUCCCUCAUCCCACUGCAGCCAUGUCUCCCUGGAGGUGGGUAAAGGCUGCUGGUGAUGGGAAAGGAGGCUGAGUACAGCAGCAGUGGGCUGUGUUGCCAUCUUUGGUGGAGGGUGAGGUGUGUGGUUAUUUUCGGUGUUUGGCCGGGUUCUGUGAGGAGAAGGCUGUGUGCAGCAGUGUCCCUGCAGCCUGCCUCUCCCUGGGUGCUGCUGGUGUCUGCACUGUGCCCCUUUGCUGGCAGUCCUGGCUGCCACAUGCCGGUACGUGGACCCAUGGCCAGGUGUGGGGUGGGUUUGUGCCAUGUCCCUGCCCCUUUCCAGCCCCUCUUCUGCUCUGUGCCUCUCUUGGGGCUCACCUCAUCUCGUCCAAGGCUGUGCUGGGCAAGGUUUUGGCAUGACCAGCAUCGCUUGGUCAGGAGCAGAGCAAAGCUUUAACUCAAAUCCUCCCUCUGGAGGGCACCAUGGGGAUAGAGGGGAAGCAUCCAGGGCUGGGGAGGGGCUCCAGGACAUGACACAGGCGGUUCAAGUGCAAUAUUCAUGUGUACUGACCCCAGCAUGGCCCCUGGGGUUCGAUUUGAGUCAGAACUGUCGAGCAGAGGAGGGAGUGCUGUGAGGAGCAGGGGAUGUGGUGAUUACCCUUUCCCUGCUAGUAGUGCACUUGAAGAAAGCGGGCCACAUUUUAGGGGCAGCUGUGUGCCAGGGCAUGUCCCCAGCCUGGCACUGGGCAUCAGUGGGUUUGCUGAUGAGGCUCUGGCAUCCAAACUCACUUUGCAAGCAGCAGUGAAGACCUCAUUUCAAGGGGGCUGGGAUAUCACAGAAGCAUUAAAUGGGUUUUGCAGCUCUUCCCUUUCACUGGGGUGAGCAGGGGUGUUUGAAGCAACUUGUGCUGGUGACACGUGUGGUGUGAGGGGCUCUGCUGAGUCAGGGGGAGCUGGUGCAGGACCCGAUGGACACGAAAACUUGACAUUUGUGUAUUGUAGGCUGCUCAGUAACCAAGGAUCUUGUCUGUGUAAAUAUAGCAAUGGUCACGUCCAUGUCUCGUGCCUAUGGAUAUUGUCAGUGUACAGCACAGGUGCCUGCCCAGUGGGAGAGCUGGUGCUGCACCUCAAUCAUGUAUCUUACUUUAAUCAAUAAAUAUAAUCUAUUUUUUAUGUGUAAA